AUUCAUUGGGCGACCUGAAAUAUUCUUUUAGCAAUUAUUGGUACCAACUCCUUCAGCAGAUGAAGCUCAAUGCGAGCAAACUCCGGAAGGUUUAGCAAAAAUGAUACAUUUGAUGUCUCAAAACGUUGACCCUACUUUAAGCCCCACUGUAAACUUCAACACUCUUUUUGAAACUGGGAAAUGGUAUGAAGCUAUCAAAAUGAGCCCUGUGACACAAGGAUACUUUCAGGAUGUAGUGGUGCCUUUAGAUUCUCCAAAAACAUUACACGAAGAACUUAUAACUAGGGAUGUAAGAAUUGCUACACGACAAAUGAAAAAGGAUUUUAUAGAUAAUGAAGAUAAGGCUCCUAAAAAUAAUAUUUUUAGCGAGGUUAAACCUGACGUCGAAGUAAAUCCAGAAAAAAUAAAAACCACUCUAGAAAUUGAAGGAGACGCACCAUGGGGGGAAGAAGAUUUUGCUCCAGCAGUGAGUGCUGUAGGUGCAGAACCAAUUUGUGUUUUGGAACCAACAAACAUUAACGAGUUAGAAGGUGAUGCUGCCUUGCAAGAUGCUAUGAAAAAAGGCAUUGAAUAUUAUAUUGAAUCCAAAACACCUAUGUAUUCAUCUACGGUGGCUUUGAGAGGAGGCACACCUGGUGGUAGCUUCCCAGGUUAUGUUUAUGCUGUUCCAAAUGUGGACCAGGCAGUAAACUUGGCAAAAUCGCCCAGUGAAGUUUUCCAAAGGGCUUGGCAAAUGUGUCAUCCUAACUGCUUCAAAGGAGACUCCAUUGUAGUUAACAAUUAG